AUGCGUCUCCCUUACGCCCCCCAGUCUGCAGAGGGCUUGAGUACUGAUACACACGAAAUAUACUCGCGCAUUGCAACCCGACGUAGUCCGCGACCGCUGAUUCCUCUCGACCUCGCCCUUCUGCAUGCUCCCCAGGUUGCGGAUGGAUACAACAGCUUCGUGGGAGCUCUUCGGUCGAAAACCAUCCUGCACGCCGCUUUCCUGGAACUGUCAAUAUCUCGCAUCGCCGUUCUGAACAAAGCUGUCUAUGAGUGGAAUAUCCAUGCACCACUCGCGUUGAAAGCCGGGGUCACAGCAUUGGAGCUGCAAGAGCUUCUCUCAUUACCAUCAUUCACCGAAGCCACCGAAAGAAGUGCCGAUGCGUGGAGACAGACUUGCCUCACAGCUCGGCAACAAGCCAUUGUUGCUUACACUGAUGCGAUGACUGACUCUGUCUCUGUCUCUGACGAGGUGUUUCAAGAUCUAGUCAGUGCGGGUCUAUCGAAUCGAGAGAUUGUCGAGCUUACUACAACAGUUGCAGGAUACAACUGUGUUAGUAGGAUCCUUGUUGCAUUGGAUGUCGGGGAAAACAACGCCCGUGAAAUGAAAAGCGUAGCGGAGCUUGUUGGGAAUCAUACCUGA